ACAGUUAGAAAAACAUGUGUAUACAUAUAUAUGUGUAUACUGUCUACAAUAUGAUAUGUAUUGUCUGCAUAUCAUUAAAUAAUUUCAUAUAAAUUUCUUUUUUCAAUAUUCAAAUUAAUUCAUGCAUUUACAAUGCGCUAUAAUAAUUCUUCUUCUGGAGAAGAAUGUCCUUUAACAAAAGGUAGAAGUUAUAAAUAUACAUUAAGUAUGUAUUGUGGAGAUGGUCUGAAAUUCAUUAUAAGCUGUUUUACUAUUUUGACCAUUUCUAUCACAACAACAUUAAUUUUACAAAUUUUAUAUGCUGAUGGAAGUCCACAGGAUAAAGCUAGCAUUCAUGGUGCAGUUGCAACAGAUUAUACAAAUUGUUCACAAAUUGGAAGUAAAAUAUUACGAAAAGGUGGUAAUGCAGUAGAUGCAGCUGUAGCAGCUACCAUUUGUAUGACAGUGGUAGCUCCACAUAAAACUGGUCUGGGUGGAGGUGGUUAUAUGAUGAUAUAUAAUCAUAAAGAGCAGUCAGAACCAAUUAUUGUUGAUUUUGCUAAUAAUACAAUCACAGAUAAUUUUGUACAAGAUGAAAUACGCAUACCAGCAGUAUUAAAAGGAUUAGAACAUGCACAUAAGUUAAAAGGUAAACUACCAUGGAAUGAAAUUGUUAAACCUUCUGUAUCUCUAGCCAAAGAAGGGUUUGUUGUAUCAAAAGAGUUAGCAAGUGAAAUAUCAAAAAAUAUUAAUUAUGAAAUUCUAUAUGGCCAUAUUAAUGCAGGAGAUAUAUUAAAGUUACAUGAUCUUAGUGAUUUAUUAAACGCUGUAGCACUGGAAGGAACUAAUGUGUUAUAUAACGGAAGUUUUUCACAGAAACUUCUACAUGAUAAAGUUAAACUUUUAAAACUUCUUCCACAAUUCGUAAAUUAUAAACCUGAUGUAUAUAUAGCAAAAAAAUCAAGUUUUUAUAAACACGCGAUAUAUUACUCUCCACAUAUGUCAUUAUUAAAAUCAAUGAUUACAGCACUGGAAAAUCUUAAAAUAUCUACUGAUAAUACAUCUAUAGCAGAAACAGAUAUAGAAGUAGCAAAAACAUUAAUAAAUUCAGUUUCAAUACCGUUACAAAUAAAACAACAUGUUGAAGAAGAAAGAUAUACUGGAGUUGUUGCAAUGGACUGGGAAGAUACUUAUGUUUGUAUUGUAACUGGACUUAGUACACCAUUUGGUUUUGGACAUAUGUCAAGAGUUGGUUUUUUGCUGGAUAAAGCUGAUACUAACAAUACCUUAUCCACACUUGUUCCAAUAAUUUUUCAUAAUGAAAAAGCAUUAUGUGGAUUAAGAGGAGUAUUUGGAACUGAUGAUAUAUUAAUUAUUGGACAAUUAUUAUACAAUAUUAUAGUGCGCCAAUUAAACGUUUCUGAAGCUAUUGAACAUCCAAGGUAUUAUUUUUCGUCAGACGGAUUUGUUAUAGAAAAUGAUCCAAAACAUUCUAUAGAUGCUCUAAUACAAAAUCAAUUAAACUUAAUUGUACCAACACCACAUUUGGAAACUGAUUCAGUAUUAAAAAGUGUGAAUGUAAUUAUAAAGAGAAAAGAUUUAAUGUCAAGCCAUUCAGAUAGUCGUGGAGGUGGCCUUGCGUCAAGAUUUUAAUAACUUAUUCAUUUUUAUUUUUCUUUUAUUAAAUAUAUUUUUAUAUUUUUUAUAUUUAUAUAUACAAAGUAUUAUAUUUAAGUGAAUAUAGUGGAAUAUCUUACAAAGACUUCAUAUUAUUAAAAAAAUGUUUCUACACAAAUUUCUUGAUAUGAAGAUAUACAUUCAUGAUAAAACAAGAUUUUUUA